ACGGCGUGCUUGGGAAUGCGGUGCAGGGCAGCGGGCAGGCGCGGCGCAGGGCCCAGCGUGCCGCCGGCCGCCGCGGGGCCGCGCUCCGUGCCCGUGCCCGCGGCUGCCGUGAGGGCGGGCAGGAAGCGGCGGCGGGCGGCCGCAGCUCUUCCGGGGCGCGGGCGGCGCCGGCCGAGGGGCGGCGGAGCUGGGGCGGCCGCGGAUAUGGAUAACAGGAAGGAUGAAAAAAGCAGGACGCUGUGUGCAACGUCAGAAGAAGGCCUGAAGGCCCGAGGAAAGGAAAAAAGGAAACGAAAGCGCAGCAGAAGCAGAUCCUCAUCUGUUUCAUCCACAUCAUCUUCUAGCAGUACAUCCACUUCUUCCUCCUCAUCACGCUCAUCGUCAAGAUCAUCUUCUUCCAGUAGUAGUAGAGAUUCUCCUAAGUCUAAGUCAAAGAAAAAGAAAAAAGAAAAACACAACAAAAAGGUAAAAGUUUACAAUGAGAAAUAAGUAGUUAACAAACAAAACAGUUCUUUAUAUUUCAGUAACCUUAAAUGUCAUGUAAGAUAAUGCUUUUGUCUGUGGCUGUGUAAGUGUAACCAUGCUUUUAGGGUUGUGGUCGCUGAACUGAUAAAUGAGCACUUGACUUUAGACAAAAAGAGAAAUAAUUUAAAAGUUACUAUUGCAAAUCAUUGCUGGUCCAGCUGGAGUUUAGAGUAGUCUCUGAAAAAAAGAGAGGUGGGGAAUCUUGAUAAAUUUAUAGAAUUUGCCAAAACUUAUUUAUACUUGGUGAGUGGUAAAUUUUU